AAUCUUUGCUGCAGGAUUAAAACAUGUUCUGGAAGCUUCAGGAGGAGAAGGACAACAUUUUCCCACCUAACAUAUGCUCCUUAAUCUAACAGGACAUCCUCUACCAUAUUUCUGAGAUGCCUUCCUCAAAGAGUUCCAUUCAUUGGACUGUUUCCGAAUUAUUCGGUCAGCGGAGGCUGUUAGGGUUCGGUGCUGUACUGGCAUGGCUCAUCCUGUUCCAUCUCCUGGUGAAUGUAUGGCUGCUGUGUAUCUUCACGAGUCUUUUGGUGGUUCUCGGUGGUUGGAUCGGUUCCCGUGCUGCCCUGGAUGCAAACAGUUUCUUACAUUUGGAACAUUUUCUGCCCCUUGGGACGCUUAACCCUCCUCUGUGUUCCCCCGAGCAUGAGUGGAGGCUGAACCAUGAGAUCCACUGUGUUGUCCACAAAGCGGUACGCGACUUUGUUUCUUCGUGGUAUCGAACUCUGCUCCCUGAGGUGGAGGGAGAGUUUGAACGUGCAGUGUGUCACUCGAUGCUGGAGGCUGUGAUGGAACUAAAGGAGCGUGCACAACGAGUGGACAGAAAAGCUCUGAUUCAGCAGCUGUUAGAGCUGUACGGCUGUCACCUGCAGAGCUACAUGACUGUAAGGCAGACCCAGUCCACAAAAGAGAGCAAUGGCUUAUGGCAGCUCUAUAGUAAAGUCAAGUCCCCUCAUCCAGCUGUGAGCAAUUCCGAUGCUGAGCUCAACUACUCCAGAGCCAUGGUUAACCUUGUGUUACAUGUUCUUGUCCCAUACCCUCAGAUGGAAACCAGGACUGGCGCUCACAUGGUGACAGAACUCAUCACCUGUAACAUGGUGUUACCACUCAUAAGCCGGGUUUCUGAUCCCGACUGGCUCAAUCAGACAAUCGUUGACAUAUUUAUGAGAACCAGAGAAGCAGAGGAGAUGACUCUGGAUGAAUCUUCUGUCAAUGCACUGUACACAUGUCAUGAGCAGCAGGAAUCGUGGUCCACCUGCAAGUCCCUGUCUAUAUCUGAACAAACCAGUUUCCACUGCAAAACCUCCGAUGACAUAGAUGAGCCUCAGUACCAGAGCAUAAUCUCUGGGAUGGACUCAUCUCAAAGCAGCCUCAUCAGCCUGACAUCUGCAGGACGAACACCCAGUUACCAAGCUGGUUUAAACACACCGUCUAAGGUGAACUGCUGCUCACUCACAUCAGGCCAACAUUCCCAGUUAGUGUCCAAAAUGGUUUCUGUGAACCAACUUAUCCAUUCAGAUUCAGAUGAUGAUCUCGCCGAAGGAGUUUGUGACUGUGCUCCCACUGCCAACCUCUGCAGUCUUCUCCCUGUAAGUGAGGGAGAAGCAUUUGGAUGUUUUCGACCUCUAAAAAAUCUUGGACUAAAGGUAGUUGAACCUAAAGACUCCCAAUGGCCAGCCGGCAUUGCUCAGGUGAAGUCCCCCAUCAUCCCGCAAAGAAAGCUUUGCCUAACCUCGUACAACUUUGACGCUUCCAGUGGCCCCAUUGCGUCUUCUUUCAGAAUUCAGAAUGUUCAUGUUUCUGGGACAGUCAAUGUGAAGGACCAGCGAAGCACAGGCAUACAUCCCUACACACUCUACACUGUUAAGUUUGAGAUGGUGUCUGAUGGGGGGAACGACGUUGCUACACCACUGGCAGUCGGCCACACUGUUGACCGCAGGUACAGCGAGUUCCUGAACCUCCAAGCAAGAUUAGAAGAGAAGACUGAGCUUAAAAAGCUAAUUAAAAAUGUCAAAGGCCUAAAGAAAAUAUUCCCUGAUCUUCCCUUUGGCAGUCAGGACAGUGAGAAAGUUGAAGCUAGGAAAAGCCAGUUGGAUGCCUUCCUAAAGCAAUUAAGCAGCAUUCCUGAGACAGCCAACAGUGAAGACAUGCAGGAGUUCCUGGCUAUUAACUCAGAUGUUUGUGUGUAUUUUGGAAGAAAGCCAUUAACAAAGUCAAGAAUUGAUAAGAUGAUGGAAAAUGCUUUGGAUACUCUGAGGACAGCUUUCCCUCAUCCUGAGCUUCUUAGUCCAACCGAGGACAUUGAGGGUGAUGCUGAUGGAAGAACAAUGGACUACAGGAAGUACAGGAAACUUUUCCCAAGUAAAAUGUCUACAUCGCUCAAUAUACCAGAACUCCAUCCUAAAGUGACAUAUUGCUUCAGUGAAGGCAGUUCUGUGCUUAAUGGCAUGUCUUUGCUUGGCUUGGAGAUCUUUGUCAGACAGCAGGAGAAACUUUUGUGUGGGCCAGAUGUGACCGAAGCAACCAAGCAAGGCUGCACCCUGCAGGACAAAGACAAGAAGAUAUCAGGGAAAAGUCAUGGGACAGACACAGCUGUGGCAGAUGUUGCACUGAAUAUAUUGUGCCUGUUGAUGAAGGAUCACUGGAGCUGGCUGUGCACUGAGAACAUCCAGAAGGCAAUCAGACUUCUCUUUGGCACCUUCAUUGAAAGGUGGCUGGAUAUAGGUGCUGCCCACCUAACCAGCGCCCCCUGCUGGAUAAUUUACCUUCAAGUCUUGCAAGAGGCUGUGUGGCCUGGCGGUACCCUUCCAGCUCAACCCCGGCCUGAGCGAAGUGUUGCAGAAAAAGAGGAAACCAAGGAGAGGUGUCUGGACUGCCUGAUGCAGCUGCUUCCUGAGCUAAUAGCUGAUAUGUUGGGAAGCGAGAAGUACAGGCUGAGCUUGGAGACCAUGCUUGAGUCUCUACAGGACCAUCAGAUAAACAAGCAUUUGAUCUACAGUAUCUGUGACGUGCUGCUGGAGUUUCUGAUCCCCGAGUCAUGCGAUGUGGCCUUUCAGAAGUCUAUGUUGCAGAGUCUGGCCAAAGAGUCGCAGAGAAACAGCAUUUAUACGUGACCAAAAAUGUGUGACACACAAAGCAGGAUCCCCUUUAUGCAAUAUCUGCAGCGUAUUUGUCUGAUGAAUGUAACAAAUCGGUGGCUUUUGGUAAAAAAGUUUCCAUUGACUCAUUGUUCGUGUUUUUGGAUGUAAAACCACUGACUUCACGCCGACCAAGAAUUUUGUUGCUAGAGUAAAUAGUUUGAAUGUUAUCUCUAUGUGGAGGCAGCUCAGGAUUGCUGCAAGGCAGAGCUACAGUAGGUCACAAUUCUAGUGAGGCGAACGGCAAAAAAAUGUUUUUGUUUUGCAACUGGAAAACGGGGACUAGAUGUGGCUGUGACAUAAGGUGAAGGUGCACCAUUUCCUUAGCUAUAAAACUUGCCCCAGCCAAUCCACCGCUGUGUUUCCUUAGCUCCAGAGCUAGUCCCAGGCAAUCUCCCGCUGUGUUUCCUUAGCUCCAGGGGGCAGCAGAGCUGGCCAAAACAUCCUGGAUACUGGGUGCUCUCUCUUUGCAGGGGUUCUAGUUCUGCUUUCCUUGCUGUGCCUGCCCGAGCUUCAGAACACCGUCUCACCUUACUUAAAGCUCCAGGGAAAGCAGCCUCUCAUCAGCCGUAGCUUAUGUAGCUCCAAAGUUAGAAUCAUCUCUGGACCCAGGGAAUCCUAUGUUUUGUUUUCCAACAAAAAUAAAGCACCACGACUUGCUCUGUAAAACCCCUGUCCGCCAUGUUAAGGUGAAACUGAAACUAGCAGACUAAAUGAGGUAGUGGACCCCUUAACCUGCUUUUGCUCUCCAGGUGAAUUCUGGCAAAAGAUCAGGCAAUAGAACAUGAAAAUGGUUGUCAAUGCUUUUUUAUUACUAUUAAACCAGCAGGGAAGAAAUGCGCAGUGAGGGUUGUGUUGCUAUUGAUGCCAAUGGCCUUCCAUUGGGCUUCUGUAAAGCUGCUCAUUUUACCAUGAGAACAAGAACUGAGGUGGAAAACUCAAUGGGUUGGUGGCAUAAAAAUUGAAAGUGUAGUUUCCGCCCAGAGACAAUAGAGGAGGGGGGACAGACACCUCAGUUGUCUCAUAAAGAAUUAGAUUACCAUCACAGGGACUUAGAAAAUAAUAUAUCAGUGUAAAAAUGUUAAUCAGUUUUGCUAUAAAUGCAGCACUGUAUAGAUAUAUA